UUCUUCAGUACUCGAUCUCGACUCUAACCAGCUUCUACCUUCUCUCUCAUUAAGUCUGUGAAGGUUGAGCCACAGUAGCAUAUAAGAAACAAUCCAUAGUUUCAAACCUAAUCUUCUUUUUCUUGUUUAGCUCUAGUUUGACUUUCUGAUCUCAAACCCUCAACUUGCAAAGAACACAAAAUAUAAACAAACACGCAACCCUUAAAGGGUAUUUAAUUCUUUGAUCGAUCAUCCUCUUCUCUUAUUUGUUCUUUUACCACAAUUAGCAAAAAUGGCUAACCCUUGGUGGACCAAUCAAGUGGGCAUGCCGGGAAUGGACCCGGCUGCAAAUUCACCGAUUCUACACAAACGUGACCUUGAAAUCUCUGUAAACGAAACCAGUAAUGACCAAAGCAAUGAAGAUGAAGACAGAGACACUGGCGAUGAACCCAGAGAGGGAGCAGUUGAAAUUGGCAACCGAAGACCCCGAGGCAGGCCUCCCGGAUCAAAAAACAAACCCAAACCACCAAUUUUCGUAACCAGGGACAGCCCUAAUUCUCUCCGCAGCCAUGUCAUGGAGGUGGGUGGUGGUGCUGAUGUGGUAGAAUGUGUAGCCCAAUUCGCAAGAAGGCGACAGCGUGGCGUCUGUGUGCUUAGUGGCAGUGGCUCCGUGGCCAACGUGACACUGAGGCAACCAGCAUCACCCGGUGCCGUGAUGGCACUGCCUGGUAGGUUUGAAAUUCUCUCGUUGACCGGGGCGUUUUUGCCCGGACCAGCUCCUCCAGGCUCAACUGGGCUAACGGUGUACUUAGCGGGCGGACAGGGUCACGUGGUGGGAGGGACUGUGGUGGGGCAACUGGUGGCAGCUGGCCCUGUGAUGGUCAUAGCUGCCACGUUUGCAAAUGCCACGUACGAGAGAUUGCCUCUAGAAGAUGAGGAAGAGACUGGUGGUCAAGGACAGAUCCAAGGGGCUGCUGAUAAUUCGACUCCGCAAAUUGGUAGCAGUGGCCAACACACUCACACUCCUCUUCAUGAUCCUUCACAAAUGCCUGUUUAUAAUCUGCCACCAAAUCUACUACCAAAUGGCGGUCAGCUACACGAGGCUUAUGGUUGGGCUCACACGCGCCCACCUUUCUAGAUUGAACUACAAGUUCUAUUUGUAAUUUGAAGGAUUGGGCGUUCAUCAGAUAAAAAGUUUUUGGGUUUUGCUGAUCAAGAACUUCCACGUCUGUCAUGAGCUACUCAGAGGAAGAAAUAGAGACUGUCGUAUUAGGUUUCAGGGAAGAUCAUUCUAGGACCUACUUUUACAGAUGGUUUUAGAUUUUUGUAUGUCAAAAUAGGUUUGGUAAAGUGACUGAAAAUUUGCAUAAAUGUAAGGUCAUUUAAAAGAUCAGUAAAAUGUCAGAAGAGAAAUAUGGUCAGUAAUCAUAUUUCUU